AUGACAAGCAAUGCUCUUUCUUUCAAUGCCCCACAAACCUUCAAUGGUGAAAAUUAUCAAAUUUGGGCAGUUAAGAUGAAGUCUUAUCUUGAGGCUUAUGAUUUGUGGGAAGUUGUAAUGGAAGACAAACCCAUACAACAACUCACUGAAAAAUCUUCUGAUGCUGAAAUCAAACUUCACUCAGAAGAGAAAAUCAAAAAACACAAAGCCAAAAUUGUAAUUCAAAAUUCAGUUGCAGAUUCAAUCUUUUCUAAAAUCAUUGCAUGUGAGACAGCAAAAGAAGCUUGGGAAAAACUUGAGAAGGAGUACCGAGGAAGUGAACGAGGCAGACAAAAUCAAAUUCUGAAUUUGAAAAGAGAUUUUGAAUCUCUUAGGAUGCAAAAGGGUGAGACUAUCACUAAUUAUUCUGACAGGAUUUCCUUGAUUGUCAGCAGAAUCAGGUUGCUUGGUGAGGAUUUUAAAGAUAAUAGAAUAGUUAAAAAAAUUCUUGUAACUAUUCCCGAAAGAUUUGAGUCUAAAAUCUCUGCUUUGGAAGAGUCUAAAGAUCUCUCUACCAUCUCUCUUGAUGAAUUGAUAAGUGCUCUUCAAGCACAAGAGCAAAGAAGAGCUUUCAGACAAGAUGAAAUUGUUGAAGGUAUCUUUUAUGCAAACUAUCAAAAAAGAAAAGUUGAUUAUCCUCCUUGCAAAUAUUGCAAAAAGAAAACACAUUUGGAAAAAUUCUGUUGGUGGAGAUCUGAUGCAGUAUGCGGAAGUUGCAAACAAACAGGUCAUGUUACAAAAGUGUGCAAGUUCAAAGACAUUCAUGAUAAAUCACAAGCAUUACUAGUAGAAGAAGAAUGUGAGGAUGAAUUUUAUUAG